AUGGCAAUCCUAAGUUACUUGAGAGGUGGAAACACUCCUUAUACCAAAAAGCAUGUCAGCAAUGUUAGGACAGCCAUUGGCAAAGAGAGCAAUCAAAAUGACAUGAUGCAGGUGCUAACAUAUUUCAGGAAGAGACAAGCUAAAGAUCCACAAUUUUACUAUGCGUUCAAGACAGCUAAAGUCUCUGAUGAAGCAAGUAAAGUUUUGUGCAUUUUCUGGGCUGACGGGUAUUCUAGGAAGAUGUACGAGCUGUACGGAGACUGCCUCAGCUUUGACACAACAUUUAAGACAAACAGAUACAACCUUCCAUUUGCUCCCUUUGUUGGAAUCACAGGACAUGGCCAAAACUGUUUGUUUGCUUGCUCUAUCAUUGAGAAUGAAACAGCUGACACCUUCCAAUGGUUGUUUGAGACGUUCUUGCAUUGCAUGGGUGGCAAAUAUCCAUCCACAAUCAUCACAGAUGAGGAUGCUGGGAUGAAGACAGCUAUCCCUCUAGUUUUCCCCCAUAUCUGCCACAGACGUUGUUUGUUUCAUAUUAAAAAGAAGGCUGAGGAAAAAUGUACUAGGACUUUUGCUGCAAAUAAAACCCUGCAUGAUGAUUUCAGUGACAUCAUACACAACUCUCUGACGGUGACUGAGUUUGAGAACUUGUGGACACAGAUGCUCCAGAAAUACAACAUUGGGCAUGUGAAGUAUUUCCAAAUCAUGUGGAAGAAAAGGAAAAGGUUUGUCCCUGUGUAUUUCAAGAAGAACUUCUUCCCCUUCAUUCACUCUACUGCACUUAGUGAAGGCACCAAUGCCAUAUUCAAGGACAACAUCACGUCAACUCACAACGUGAUAAGCUUCCUACAAGAGUACCAGAAGAUUUCAGAAACUAUACAAGAUAAGGAGCGGGAGCAAGACUCUAUCACUAGAACAACUUCGCCAACAUUGUGGGCAUGA